AUGGCCUCCUCACAUUUUCCGCUGCGAUGGCGGACGGCGCUCCUGGGUGGCCUCCUAGCGACGGUAUCAUGGCUACCGAGCAUAAUGGCGCAGGAGAAGACGCAGGCCGACUACUUCAUACACGACCUGCCCGGUGCGCCGAAGCCGUUGCUUAAGAUGCACGCAGGACACAUCGAAGUCGAUGCAGAGAACAACGGCAACCUCUUCUUCUGGCACUACGAGAACCGCCACAUCGCAGACAAACAGCGCACUGUACUAUGGUUGAACGGCGGGCCGGGCUGUUCCUCGAUGGACGGCGCCAUGAUGGAAGUCGGCCCAUACAGAGUGCGCGAAGGCGGCAAUCUCGAAUACAACAAUGGCUCAUGGGACGAGUUCGCAAACUUGCUCUUCGUGGAUCAGCCUGUCGGCACUGGCUUCAGCUAUGUCAACACCAACAGCUACCUCACGGAACUCGACCAAAUGGCCGACCACAUGAUUAUCUUCUUGGAGAAGUGGUUUGCGCUAUUUCCCGAAUACGAGCAUGACGAUUUCUACAUUGCCGGUGAAUCUUACGCUGGACAACACAUUCCCUACAUCGCUCGCGCUAUCCUCAAACGUAACAAAGAAAACCUCUCGAAAACACCAUGGGCGCUCAAGGGUCUCAUGAUCGGAAACGGGUGGAUAUCACCAGUCGAUCAGUAUCUCGCCUACAUACCCUUUGCCUACCAGAAUGGACUCAUGCGGGCUGACACCGACUCGGCAAGACGCGUCGAAGAGCAACAGAGGAUAUGUGUCAAGAAGCUCGAAGAGGGCGGCAUGAACACCGUCGACACGAGCGAGUGCGAGCAAAUCAUGGUCAGGAUUCUGGAAGAGACCAAGAACAAGAAAGCCGACACGAUGAACCAGUGUCUCAACAUGUACGACAUCCGUCUCCGUGACGACUCAUCCUGUGGAAUGAACUGGCCCCCGGAUCUUGCGCAGGUCACUCCCUACCUCCGCCGUCCGGACGUCAUUCAGGCUCUUCACAUCAACCCCGACAAGAAGACCGGCUGGCAGGAGUGCAACGGAGCUGUCAGUGGCCAUUUCCGUGCCAGGAAGAGCGAGCCUGCUGUCAAGUUUCUGCCUGAACUCAUCGAGCAGGUUCCGACUCUCCUGUUCUCUGGUGACAAGGACUUCAUUUGCAACCACGUUGGCACAGAGGCCAUGAUUGGCAACAUGAAGUGGAACGGCGGAAAGGGGUUCGAAGCAUCCCCUGGUGUGCAGAACGCAAAGCAGGACUGGAUGUUCGAAGGCGAAGCCGCUGGAACAUGGCAAGAGGCGCGGAACCUCACCUAUGUUGUCUUCUACAACUCCAGCCACAUGGUUCCUUUCGAUUACCCCAGGCGCACUCGGGACAUGCUCGAUCGCUUCAUGGGCGUGAACAUUGAGGCCAUCGGUGGUGCUCCUGCCGACAGCCUCAUCGAUGGCGAGAAGGGUCCGUUGACCAGCGUUGGCGACCACCCCAACUCGACGCAAGCCGAAGAAGACAAGACCAAGGAGCUCAAGGCCGCAGAGUGGAAGGCCUACGCUCGCUCCGGCCAGGUCGCACUCGUCGUUGUCGUCAUCGUCGCCUGCCUCUGCGGCUUCUUGUGGUGGCGCAGCAGGCGCACAACCAGCGCAUACAAGAGCACCGACAAUGACGAAGGACGAGAGUCUCUUCUCACCGGUAUGGGCCUCGACAACUUCCGCAGAAAAGAACGCAGGCAAGAUCUUGAAGCUGCCGACUUCGACGAACGGGAGCUUGAUGAUCUCGACGAUGUGCCAAAGAAGCCAGGAAAUGGCUAUGCGAGCGUGGGCACGGAGAAGGGGCGAGAGUCGCACAAUGACUCCACGUUCUCUUUGGGCGUUGAUAGUGAUGAUGAGGAGGCUAGCUCGAGCGAUCGGGGCAGGAGAAAGGAAGCUUCGUGA